UUCAGCUUCAUCGCUCAUUAUCUUUAUUAUCAGAGCAGGAUUAUCUCACCCGUUCAGAGCCAUGCAUCUCAAAUAAGACCUCUCUUUUGUUUUGCCCUCUCUGCCAUGACUGAAUUCGUUUAGCUUGGUUGAUUGAUUGCUGCCCCCCCAUCAAUUCGCCCCGGACUCGUGCGCCAAGAUGUCCGUUCUCCGUCAUGGAGGUUCAUUCCUCCAGCGACGUCUUACCAAGAUGUAUACCGAUACCAAGACCUCCUGCGAGAGUGUUACGACUGCAUCCAAGGCCGUCGAUGAUCCCGAACUCGUGACUCUGCAUCGCAGCUUUCGAACCCAGCGCGAUAGACUCCUAGCGUGGGGUCUCGAUUGGAGCGACGCUAGUGCCGCCCAGCCAAAUGAUAUCGAUGAAUCGCUCACCCAGGCGGGCUUCAGCGAUGUGGUCGCCAGUGUCAUGUCGUCUAUUCAGGAACUUCUCAAUGAGGCAGAGCGUCUACAACAUGUCGGGGCUCCCGAGUUACCUCCGAAAGGCAGCAGUCGGGCGGGUUCAACAUCCAAGGAGAAGGAAGGCCUCAGCAAUUUGCCCGUCAAGACGCAUUGGACCAACGAAGAUAUCAAUCGAUCCAAAACGCUACUGAAGGAUUUGACUGCUUGCAUUGACACUUUGUAUGACUUGUCCCGCUCGCGACGGAACAUGUCUGUCAGUAUGUCCUCGAGCGGGCAGUCUGCAAUGCAUCGGCGAACAAGGCCAAGUCCGGUCUCGAGGAAUGCAGACGAGUCGCUUUAUAUGUAUCAGGAUUCUAAGCAUUACCAAACCAACCCAUUUGACGCCAAAGAUGCCUACUCCCCCAGGCACCAGGAAGCGUCUCCAUUUCUCAACGCUGCUGCACCAGUCGACCAUAAGUUCGAGAAGCAUUUUCACAAUUCAUUCCUCCCAUCACAGAACUUUUUGAUCGACCGAUCUGCCUUGAAGCUUUCGGGAACUUCUCACGACAACAGCCCCCCGCCAUAUGAAAUGGUCGCUGCGUCUACUAACUCCCGUGCCAUUGGCCGCAUGAAGACUUCCGCAUCGCCUCUCUUGAAAGGCACCAAAGACUCCACCGUCUCUAUCUUGGUCGAAUUCACCCCUAUGGCACUGGAGACUCAAAACGCCAUCACCGUGCCGGGAAGCCAACGACUGGAGCAAGUUCACCAGACACUGGAUCAGCUCGUCCAGAAUGCCAAGGUCUCUCAUCUCGGUCUGCUGAAGUUUCUUGGUUACUACAUUGACAUGCCCAACUCCCGGUAUGCUUUCAUCUAUCAGAUGCCCAUGGACUACUUUCCCUUUCUCAACAACCCUACCGACCUGCUGAACGAGUUGAAACCCAAGCCUUUGGUAUCCCUCUUCCAAGCCGGUGAUGACUAUCAGGUGCCUAAUUUGGAAACUCGUUUCCGUCUGGCAUACGACCUUUUGAUGGCCGCACUUCACCUAAGAAGUCAGAACAUGGUGCAUGGAAACAUCAACAGCAGUAACAUUCUUAUCUUCCCCGGCCUAACUAGUUCGUCAAAUGACGAAGUCGGGCUCACGGAGAAUCUCCGCCGUCCCUACUUGACGUCUUUCGCUCAGUUUUCUGGCAAUGGCCCAUCGCCCGAGCCACUCUCGUCCAGCAUGUAUCGUCACCCGGACGACAAGAGAUCCAUUGAAGAUGACGCUGCUUGGGCUUAUGACCUCUACUCUAUCGGUAUAGUCCUGAUGGAGAUUGGUCUGUGGACCCCUAUCAGCAGACUCUGGAAGAUGAAAUACAACAAUUCCAUGUUCAAACAAAGAAUUGAAAAUGUUUAUCUUCAAAAGCUGGGUCCAAAGUGUGGCAGUGCCUUUCUUCAUGUGGUUCAGCUGUGUCUUGACGCGCCAAACUUUCAUCUGUCGACUCAACCAAUGGACGACCUGAACUUGCGAGUGCCACAGACUUACCACUACCCUGUUCUGGAUUUGUCGGCACCGGAUAGCAUUUUCUCAUUUUCGAUGAACUUCCUCUACACAAUGUCCAAAGUUGCUUGGUCGUGCUGCAGGAUUGACAUUUUCUCAGCCCCCGCUGCCGAAGAAUUAGAUGACUGUCUUCCGCUUGCUCUAGUUCCGGCAUCAGAAACAGCAGCAGCCACAAAGCAAGCUGUGAGGGACUACAACUACGCACCAGAUCAACCAACCCUACCCGAAGAGCACUAUCACGCACUUCCAACUUCUGAAAUGAAGCUUUUGCGGGAGAAAAUGGGUCUCGACGACAAGAAAGUAAAGAAGAGGACUUUUAAGAAACUCACCAAUAUCGAAAUACCCCAGGAACAUUUGAACGAAUGGAAUUUCCAGAUGUUACCCCGACUGAGAAAGCUUCUCCAGAAGAUCCUCAAGGAUUCAUCCGAGUCCUGCAGCGUCACUCUUAUGAUGACUGGCGAAACAGUUGAAAAUGCCAGAACGACCGUUUGCGUGACCUGUGGCAGCGCUAAAAAGGUCAGGGCUGCUCUUAAAAAGUACUUUCCCCUUGACAGAGAGGGCUGGGACUUGCUGGUUCUUCGGGGUGAUAUCCAGCGAUCCAAAGUCCCCCGCAAGAAGCGUCGCAGGCCAGCCAAGUCCGGGCCUGGGAGAACAGAGGCACCUGCCACGUUUGAGCAACCGGAUUUGAACCCAUGCUACCAACACCGACCUCUCUGCGGUGCCUCUAUCGGUGCUUUUAAGAACGAAGAACAUUUACCUCCUGUCUCAUAUGGGGGUGCUGUUCUGGUAGACGGCAUGCCGUAUGGCAUGACGGUUCACCACAUGCUUGAGGCACCCAGUGAUGAUGAGGGGUCAGAUGACGAAUCCGCGGCUGCUCCUCUUCGAUCAGCUGGAAAUUGGCCCAGAGAGACAGCAGCGCCUUCCAAUAUGGUACCCCCCAAUAUGGCACCUCCCAAUCCAGACUUCAUGUACAGCUGGUGUGAUGAGGAUCCGCCUGAGGUUGAUCUUGAGUUUGAGAUUUCGGAAGAUGAAGAUGACGACUUUUCAAUAUCUCAGGAUCUGGAUAGUUCCUAUGACGACAACUGGCUAUCUGAUAGUUAUUCUUCUGAUGAAGAAGGAUUUGAUGCCGAUGAUCCAUUUGCGGAUGAAGAUGCCGCCUCAAUUGGUGAUACAGCCGGUAUUGAACCGGGGGAAGAGCCACGGUUGUUCGUGACUCAGCCAGCAAUCGAUGAUGUCCACGAUGACUUUUUCCCAUCUCCUGAAGAUCGAGAUGAUGAACAUCUGGCUUCCCAUUCCCUCGGUUUUGUGCACGCAUCUUCCGGUGUCAGGCGCUGGACGCGGAAAGGAAUCAAGCAUGAAAUCGACUGGGCAUUGAUAAGAAUCAAUGACGGCCGAGUUGAUGCACGCAAUAUCGUUUUUGAAAAAGCCCCAGCUCCUAGGCCACAGGGCCUUUCCCGACGGAGGCGGGGCCAACAAGAGCCGAUUCCGCCCAGCGAACCCAUCUAUCUGAAUGAUGUGGCCCGUAUGGAGGAUUUGGGCGGUUUGAAAGUUCAUUGCUGUGGCCGGACGAGUGGCCUGCAAACCGGACAGAUAUCAAGGGCAAUGACUCUUGUCAAGUUACAUGGCCGACAAUCCUUCUCAACCAGCUUCUGUGUAGAUGGGAACUUUGGAGGUAAGCAAUAACAAAAACCGCCGGCUUCCGACACAUUAUACUAAGUCACCUUCGACCUAUAGUCCCUGGAGACUCUGGAGCCUGGGUUUUUGAGAAAUCAACCGGUCGCGUCUGCGGUCAUGUCCUGGCCUGGUCUGAAAAAAGUCAC